UGCUUCACUACAAGCUGACAGAAACGAAGUGGUGAAAAUGGCUGGAACCUUAUCCGAGUUCUUGUGGAAUAAGACAGAGAAAAUACGACAAGAGAUAUUAACUACAUAUUUCAUUCAGGGAAUAGGCGACGGAAGUUUGAAUCCGACAGCAUUUGGAGGGUAUAUGGUGCAGAACUCUGUCUAUAUAUAUAAGGCCAAAAACUCGAUUGAUAUCGCCAGGAACGCUGCCGACUCUGGACCUCUGAAAAUUUACUUGGGAGAGGCGUCUAGGAGUUAUGAAAAAAAGAGCAAGGAACUCUUUAAAAAUUGGCAGAUUGAGAAUGUUGAGGGUAUCAGUUUGAACGAUGCCUGCCAAGCUUACGCUGACUAUGAGAAGGCUGUCGCUUCUUCACAAGAAACGAUCUACUUGAUAGUGGCUAUGAUUCCGCGUAUGAAGUUGUGGCAAUGGCUCGGAGGCAAGCUGAAACCGGGAAAUAAGGGUGUAUACAAAAACUGGUAUGACAACAAUUUCGAUGCUGACAACAUAGAAUACAAGAAGUUGGAUGCAUUCGUGGAUGUUGCUGUGGCCAAUAUGACAAUCGACAGGAAGAUAGCAUUAGACAUAUAUACCCGCUGUAUGGAGGGUGAAUUGGAAUUUUUCAAAGCUGUGAAAAACAUGUUUUAGGCUAAUACUCAAAUGACCUAUACUGGAGAACUGUAUACAUGUUCCAACUUAAACCAAUAUAUAAACAUAUUGUUCUAGAUUUUUCAAUGCUUAUUAACAUUAUUUAAAGCUGCUCUAAUAACUUAAGUAUUUUGUAUUCUGAAAAGCAAUAAUCAAUAAAAGCAUGACGAUAAAACCUGA